AUCCAUAGCAACCCCUUUAUUAUUUUUAUUAAACAUUUUUGACAUUCAAAACAUAUACGUUACACUUAGUACGAGAAAAAUCGUAUUUAUAUUUUCGAGUUCAAAAUAUUUGUUGAAUUAAAAAAAUGUCUGAUAUUAAGGACAUUGAUUCGUGUGACUUUGCCAAUAUUUCGGACCUGGAUCCUGGCUCAGCCCUUGAACCAGAGCAAUUGGCCCUACUUACCCCGAAUCAUCAUCUCCUCCGCAAGUUUCAAAAGUCUUUAAAGGAGCAUUUAUUACGUUCUAAACGUGACAUAGAAAAUGAAAUUGCAGAAGUAAAAUAUCAGGUUAAACUGAAAGAGCAACGACGGGAAGAACAAGGAUUGGCUUUAUAUGAAAUGCAGCAAAAAAUGGAAUUUCAAGAAGAACAAAUUCAAGAUCUAUCUAAAGUAAUGGAAAAACAUUUUAAAAACCGCCAAGUAGAAGAAAUUAAUGGAAAUGCUUUGAAAAACGAAUUCGCGGAAAAAAUUAAGCUAACCAAGUCUCAAAAAACACUUUAUCAUGCAAGAAUGGCUGAACUCGAAGAUAUACAAAGCUUAGGAAGUAAUAUUAAAAAAUGGGCGUAUGAAGUAGAGGAUGAAGUGAAAAACGCAAAGCGCGUUGUUAGCAGGGACGCACAACUGCAAAAUCAGCUAUCUCAGGAAAAACGAAAGUCAGAUAUACUAUUUUACCGGCUGGACAUGGAAGUUAAAAAAAGAGAGGCAGAGUUGCUUUCGAUUUGCCAAGAAGAAGCUGCAAUGUCAGAAGUUGUCAACAUUUUAAAUAUGAGCAUUGCUAAUGCUAAUACAGACUUAGAGGUUUUGCAAAAUGAGCAUAAGCGUCUUACACAUGCAUGGAGCGAGGUCAUUAUAGCCAUUAAAUUGAGGGACAACAUUUUAUUUCAAGUUCAAGAUACUAUGAGAAAACACCGGGAGUCAAUAAAGUUAAAUUUGGCUGGAACAGAAGCUAUUAAAAAACAAAUCGGAAAGGAAAUGGAACUAAAUAAAAAACUGGAGUCAUUUAGGCAACGACUGGCCGAUGAUACUUAUUUAUUAAGACGGGACUGUAAGUAAUUCGCUAUUUUUAGUACAAAAACCAUCUUCCAAUAAAAUGAUAUUGGGCUGUUCUUGCGAAAAACCUCGACCUCCAAUCGCAUUCAAAUUUGUAGGAUCCAUUACGCUGGCGCCAAGACAGAUUUCUUUUAAAAAGAACUUUAAAAAUCGUUGUUGUUCGCUUUUGCCAUUAUCUGCUCUAUAUAACUCUAAAUAUAAUUCAAUCGAAAGUAGCAGAUUUAGUAUCCUUAAUACUAUCAAACAAAAAGACUUAUUGCAGCUAUUGGAUAAAUUAAAUAUUUUUUUUAACA